AGCAUCUUGGUAAGACGACCCGCCAGCAUCUAAUUUGGUUCAUAACACGGUCAAUAGAGCCAUGAAGUUGACGCUCGUUGCUUUCGUCGUCUCUCUCUUGGCGGUAAACGCUCAAUUUCCCAAACCGUGUGCGACUCCUCAGGCGUGGCAUGGACGGGCUUCAUCUUACGAUCACGGCAAGGGAGUGCACAACCGCUUCAAUAUCACUUACGACUUCGCGAACAGACGCAAGCGUAUUGUCGAUGAGAUUGACGCAAAUACGCCCGGAAGAUCGUUUCAUGAGUUGCUGAUGUUAUAUAACGAAGAUAUCUUCUACGAAAUCGACUUGGCGACUGGAUAUUGUGAAGCACGCAAACCGUUCUUUCCGUGGCAGCCAUACGAGAUUCCCGACAAUGCGACUUUUGAAGGCGAAUAUACUCUCGGUCAAAGUCUGAGGGUUCAAGUGUGGUCGGACCGCGUGGUGGCACCUAUUCCAAUUAGAGAAACCUGGAUUGGCACAUUUACAGUCGGCGAUUGCAUUCCUGUCUAUGAGGUGAUAUCAAAAGGAGAAAUAAGCACAUCCAUCACGAGCACUUUCUACAAUGUCGUGGGUGGAUUUGAUGCCAAUGUCUUUAUACCUCCAUCUCAAUGCAAAAGCGCAGUAAUCAGAGAGAACUGAAAACGAAAGACAGACACAUUUUGCAGUGAUGCAUGUGUAUCACUUUCUCGUUGCUUCUUUGUUGCUAACUUUUGUAGUUUGAGUUUUAUUUGUUUGCUAGUGACGUUUUUGCUGCUGAGAUCGCAAUUGAAAUUCUUGUUUUCCUCAUUUUUAGUGUUAGUUUUCGUCAAACUGUUAAUUAAUUAA